AUGAAUUUAGCUAGUGGUUCGGGUGAUUCGUAUGUUGGGACAAUUAAUGGUUAUAUAACACAAAACGAACCCGGCACGUCAAGACAACCAGUCAAAUUGCAGGGGAUACUUAACAAUCAACAGAAAGUUGCUAUAGGUCUUUUAGAUACUUUGGGUCAUUUAGGUAACAUAGAUACUUUAGGUCGUUUAAUAAACAUAAUAUGUAGUAGGUAUAAAUACAGGUGGCCAUCUCUAAGGGAUCCCACUAAUUAG